GCUGUCAAACUGUGGUACAGCACGUCGCUGGUUUAGGUUUCCGGGCAACUCUGCUGCAACAGAAGGAUACUGUCUACACAGAUUUCCCGAAACAUUUGUUAUAUUGAAAAUCCUGUUCUAUUUCAUUGCUCUAUUUGAGUAACUGAUCUCUAAGUAAGUGAAAUACAACGCAUUUAACUGCGCUUUUCUUCAUCUUCACGGAGCUUGAAAAGUCAACGGGACGAUGGCCGAUCAGCUGACUGAGGAGCAGAUUGCUGAGUUCAAGGAGGCAUUCUCACUGUUUGAUAAGGAUGGCGAUGGUACAAUUACUACCAAAGAGCUUGGGACUGUCAUGCGCUCUCUGGGACAGAAUCCUACAGAGGCUGAGCUGCAGGACAUGAUCAAUGAAGUAGAUGCUGACGGCAAUGGUACAAUUGACUUUCCUGAGUUUCUGACAAUGAUGGCCAGGAAGAUGAAAGAUACAGACAGUGAGGAGGAGAUCAGAGAAGCCUUCAGAGUCUUUGACAAGGAUGGUAACGGAUACAUCAGUGCAGCAGAGCUACGGCACGUUAUGACCAACCUGGGUGAGAAGCUCACUGAUGAGGAGGUGGAUGAGAUGAUACGCGAGGCCGACAUUGAUGGAGAUGGUCAGGUCAACUACGAGGAAUUUGUCCAGAUGAUGACAGCCAAGUGAAGAGAAAUUUAAAAUUUCUUUUAACGUUGCUUGUCCUCUAAGAUCACUGUCAAAUAUACCAAAAAAAGAACAAUUCUCAAAUGAUAAAUUUACCUCCCCCCCCAAAAAAAUUAUUUAUCUAAACAGUUUGCAAAUUGUGCUUUAGUGCAUCCAGCUACUUCUAAGGUAUCUGUUUCAUCAACACCACCAGAACAGAAUAAUCCCUAGAGAAGUUAAUGGACCAAGCUUUAAGAGGGCCGAAGCCCCCGGUACUUCAGACCAAGAUUCUGCUGAGUCACCCUGCUCCUGAUUAAUUUAGAGGAAAGAGCAACACCGUAAAAGGCAGAGGGAUAGGAACCUAUGCCACAGUUCAUGUAGAGAAGUUGGCUUUUCAAUUCUUAUCUGAUAGUCUUGAACAAAGAAAAUCGACUCUCUUGCACCAGUGGUGACUCUCCAAAUACUGAAUUGAGUACUCUUCUUGCAUGCACCCUUUCUGUGACUGUCUCUUGUGACAACAAGGAAGCUCUGAUCUUGUCAGAGGUAGUGUUCAGGUUGUGUACACACUGGAGGUAUAUACAUAAAUAUAUAGCUAUAUAUCUGUAAAAAAAAUUUUGUGUCACUAUUGAUUAUUGCAGGAGCAAAUAGUUGCAAUGUAGGGUGUUUAUUGGUGCUCUGCUGGAGAUGAGCAUUCUUAUAACCUUGAAGAGUUCGGACGAGAACGAGGGACUGAAAAUUGCUGGAUGGUUUUUUGUUUUUGUUUUUUUUCCUCAGUUGGAUGUUAUUUUGUAUUGUUUUGAGUCGUGGGCUUUACGUUGCCUGCAGCACUGAUUGAAGACAGGAGUGUGUUGAAUUGCUUCAGGAUGAUUAUUGGAAAAACACACUUGAGGACUGCAGUUGAUACAUUUGUUCUGCAAACAGAUAUCCUGAUGAUGCAAUAUUGAUGUAACGCUUUAUAAAUGUGUUCUCAAAUAUUAAUGUAUUGCUGACGAACUUUGGUCACAAAUUAUAUCUAUAUAAGUGUAUCGUUAAAUUUGCAAUGCCUAUUGUUGUAGUAAAUGAUCUGUGACAUGUUUUCUCUUUGGUUUUGAAAUGUGCCAUAAUACUCCUUUAAAAAAAAAAAAAAAAAAAAGCCUCAACCUUCUUGCAAGACCUGUAGUUCUUUAGAAUAGAAAAACUCUACUUAAUAUAAUAACAUAAAAAUACAUGCAGUUCAUCAUAUUUGCACUUUGGUAUAAACCAUGUGGUUGUUUAAAAAAAUGGAGGACAAAAAAUUUUGUUUUAAAAGAAGAAAAAGAAACCAAAUGUCACUGUUGCUGCUGCUAUAACAACACGUUUCACUCAUUUCUCGUCCUUGUUGUUGUCUGAUCUUCAAUUUAUAGUCCGGUGAUUCAACCUCCAGUCGGCUUGCUGUUUUACUAAACAGAAUACAUUCGGUGUAUACUGACACAUACUGCUUGUGGUGGGGGCUGAUGUGUUUCAUUGAGGCUUUCAUCUGGGGAAUGAAAUGGGUUUGUAGCAACGACUUCAGCUUUAGAUGUGCAGUUGGUUUCAGUGUUAGGUUUUUCAACAGUUGGCUAAAUUUAAGCUGGGGAAUCUUGUGAUUUCCUCAACGUGUGAAACUUAAUAUACUGCUCUGUUUGAGACGUACUAAUUGGUAACAUUUGAUUCAGAUGUUUGGAAGUAAAUGGUUAUUGGACUGUUAAUUUCUGAAGGUGUGUCCAGUAUGGAAAGAUGUGAUAUAUUUUCCAUAAAUCAAUAAAUUGACUGAGCUUUACUUCA